AUGGAUGGGGCAGCCAGGAUAAAACAACUCCUCCGGGUUUUGCUACGAACUCACCUUCGCGGGUUGAUCAACCUCCAGCCAACGCUCCUCCUUUUGAUGGUCACGACCAUCAUCCUUACCGCUCUUCAUCCACUGAAGGUGCUCUAUCCUAACAAGUGCUAUGAACUCUCAUCAAAGUUCAUCCUCCCUGUCUGGAACUGGCUACAGUACCUGUUCGAAAAGCACAAUGGUGCAACUAUUACGUUUUCGGGAGAUGACCUUCCCCCUGGAGAGAGCGCAAUUGUCAUAGCAAAUCAUAUCGCUUGGGCCGAUUACUUUCUCAUCCAGGCACUUGCAAAAAAGGCCAGUAUGUUGGGAAGGACAAGGUGGUUUGCGAAGAAAGAGUUGCAAGCAGUUCCAAUCCUUGGUUGGGGGCUGGUAGCCAUGGGAAUGCCCAUGGUCAGUAGGCGUUGGGAAGCAGACCGACUUGUGGUCAAGUGCUUCCUUGACAACAUCGUAAAAGGAAAAUGGCCAAUCUGGCUUGUCAUAUUUGCCGAGGCCACACGCCUCGUUCCUGAAAAGCGACUUAAGUCAAUGCAAUGGUGCGAGCGCCACGGAAAGCCUCAGCCGAAACACCUGCUGUAUCCCAGAACCAAAGGGUUUACCACAGUGGUACAGCGCUUGCGCGAAGCGGCCCACAUCAAAGCAGUUUACGAUCUUACCGUCGCAUACCAGCGCGGUCGGGACUGGCUUGUCGCGCCUAAUUUUUGGCACGCGCUCUCUGGUCCGCAUCUCAGCGAGCCCGAAGAACGAGGCGGAGGCGGAUACCGCUUUCAUGUGCAUAGUCGGCGGUAUCCUAUCGAGGAACUUCCCCGUGAUGAGGCAGGAUUAGCCAAAUGGUUAGAAAGAAGAUGGCUCGAAAAGGGGGAGUGGCUGGAAAAGAAGAGGAUUCAGUGGGCUGUUGAGGGGCAGAGGGCGGCUGAUAUGGCCGGUUCAGCCCCAUGUCCGUCGGAGGAGCUUGGAAAGCAGUGUAACUGA